AUGUCUUCACUCAUCAACAAGGCCAAGGAUGCGUUGAAUCCAUCCGCCAGCAGCACCGUCUCGACAACAUCGAGCGGCGAGCCCGCAGGCCCCAAUGCUCAGAAGGAGGACUACGUUGACAAGGGUCUUGCUGCUGCUGAGCAGAAGAUGGGCUACUCGCAGUCCAAGGAGACUAAUGAGAAGAUCACUGAUGCUGGACGUGGUCUCUAUGAGAAGCAGACUGGUAGCAAGGUCAGCGAUAAGAUUAGCAACUAA